GUCGGGGAGCGCAGACGCGUUGUGUGUUGUUAGAGCAUAUUUUCGAAAGCUCGCUUUCAACUCCCGAGAAACAGAUUCUAGUAUCCUAGGUGGUGAGCACAACAGUUAAAUGUCGUAAAAUAUUUUAUUUUAUUUUUUGUUUUUCAACUCGUGAUAAACUUUAUUGAUUAGUGCACGUGAUUAAAAUAUACUUAAUAAAUAUAACACACGAGACAGUUGUAUACUGAACAGUUUGAGGCGAAACCAAAGAUCAGAUCGUGAUAGCCGGGUGUCAGUUGUGAAUUGAAUACAAACAGUACAAAUAAGUCACCAAAAAUUCCAAGAAUUAAAAAGUGUAGUUCUAUUUAAAAAAAAUACAGAGGGAUGCCUACGAAGGGUGAGAGGGGUAAAGCUACGGACUUCAGUAUCGCGGCCAUCAUGGCGCCCAGGGGUCCGUCCUUUGGACAUUACCACCUGCAGGGACUUGGUGAUACGUCUAGUAAUACUGUUGAAUGCAAUAAUAAAGGAUUUGUUGCAUCUCCAACUCUCGAUCACAAUGUUCUGAGAUCAUCACCAGUAAACAUUGUCGCAACAGCUACUGUAGUUACUGGCAAUGCACUAUUGGAUGAUGAGGAAGAUGACGAAAUUGAUGAAGGAGUUGGAGAAAUAGAAAGUGAGGGAACUGAAAAGUCUGCCAAUGGUGAAGAUGAAGAAGUUGAUGUGGAUGUUGAAGAAUGUAGUAGUGUAGAUGAUGGUCCACUUGGUUCUAAUGAGCUUCCAAAUAAUAAAUAUAGUAGUGGUAAUGACACCAAAAGGAAACAAUCACAACACCGAAGAACCACCUGCAACUCAGAUGAGUUGAGGAGCGUUGAGUGUCAUCUUGAGACCAAAGAACUCUGGGACAAGUUCAAUGAACUUGGCACGGAGAUGAUCAUCACGAAAACCGGCAGACGAAUGUUCCCAACAUGCAGAGUAUCCUUUAGUGAUCUCAAACCCGACGGCCGUUACGCAGUUUUAAUGGACAUCGUUCCCGUUGAUGACAAAAGAUACCGAUAUGCAUAUCACCGGAGUUCUUGGUUGGUGGCAGGCAAAGCAGAUCCUCCAGCGCCAGCUCGACUUUAUGUUCAUCCCGAUUCACCAUUUACCGGAGAACAACUGAGAAAACAAGUUGUCUCAUUUGAGAAAGUGAAGCUUACUAACAAUGACAUGGAUAAACAUGGACAGAUUGUACUCAACUCUAUGCAUCGGUAUCAGCCAAGGAUACAUUUGGUUAAAUAUCGAGGCAGAGAAGAUGAUAAAAAUUAUCGAAUCACAGAUCUCAGUAAAGAAGAACAUAAAACCUUCAUUUUUCCUGAAGCUAUUUUUACUGCUGUCACGGCCUACCAAAAUCAAUUGAUUACAAAGCUCAAGAUUGACAGUAAUCCGUUUGCUAAAGGCUUCCGGGAUUCGUCUCGACUCACGGACUUUGAUAGAGAUCCAAUGGAGUUAAUGGAACAGCAAUUAGUUCGUUGUGGAGUUCCUCCAGUAAGACUGUAUGAACAUUUGGCUUUGACAUCACCAGCAGCAAGUGCUUUAAGUGUUCAACAGCAGCAGCAACAGCAGCCUGAUGGAACGCAGCACCCUCUAGCUUCGUGGUUACCACCCUCAACAGCACUCCUUUAUGGAACGAGGGGAGGCACAUCAUCUCCCUACUCGACAACACCCUCAUUCCCCUAUCCCGCCCUCUCGUGGUCCUGGCAACCGCCUGUGGCAAUCAUCUCCCGACGAUCGUCUCCCUCGACCGCUGGGGUCAGGUACGCGCCCUAUCCAACUCCAACAUCUACUUCGCCGCCACUUCGCGCACGCCCGACCACCCCCAAUUAGCGAUCCCCUCGAUUCACUACCACCAUUUUUUUCUUCUCUCCUCUUGUCUUUAUUAUCCUCCUUGCGGUUUCUAAGCCGCCAUUUCUUCCCAGUGAAAAUGUUAAAUUUUUCUUUGUCAAGUUGGAAAUAAUGAUUUGUUCUAUCAACAACUAAAUUUUUCUACUUAGAUUAAUUAGACAUUGAUAUACAUCUUAAACUCAAGUUUAAAAACAUGAUUUAA